AUGAUAGCAGCUGCUCUUCUUCUGGCCGCAGUGGCCCCUGUUCUGGCAGCCUCUAACACCGACGCUGUGUCCGUUUGCCAACACCUACACACGGCUUACCCCCAAUACACCGUCUGGGACCCCACAGGCACCUACGGACUUGAGACAUUUUGGAACCAGUCCUACUACAGCAAUGCAGUCAAGGAGUACUGGAACGGUGUGAACGCUGACAACCGUCCAGCCUGCGCCUUCUUCCCGGCAACCGCGCAACAGGUCUCCGUUGCAGUUCAGCAGCUAAACAAGUAUCCCACAGCACCCUUUGCCCUCAAAGGAGGUGGACACAACUUCAAUGUGGGGUUUUCCAGUACUAAUGGAGGCGUUCUUAUCUCGUUUAAUGAGAACAUGUCCUCAACCACCCGCAACUCGGACGGCCAGAGUUUCGACAUCGGCCCCGGAGCACGAUGGGGCGAUGUCUACGCCGUCACGCAGAAGACAAAUCAAGUCGUGGGUCUAGCAUGCGACAACGUCGUCAACUUCGAAGUAGUCCUAGGCAAUGGCACCAUAAUCAACGCAAACAGUGAUUCCAACCCAGAUCUCUGGUGGGCCUUGCGCGGUGGCGGCAACCGCUUUGGCAUCGUCACCAAGUUCACACUCAAGGCCCAUCCACUCGGCGACAACGGACAAGUCUGGGGUGGCAUUCGCUCCUAUUCUGCCGACAAACGCGAGCAAAUAUUUGAAGCGCUCUCCAAGUUCACCAGUGAAUACCCAGACGCCAAAGCCGCCAUCAUCCCGACCUUCGAAAUUGGCCUGCCCGGAGCCCUGAUCUCCAACCCCGCUAUUUUCUUCUUCUACGACGGAGCCAAGCCCAGCGCCAACGCCUUUGCCGGACUGGAAGAUAUUGAACCUUUCACUGACUCUACUAAUACCACAAGCUACACCAAUAUAACAAACGCGGCAGGCGGAGCCAAGAUCUACGGCAUCAAUGCCGCCAUUCACGUCAAUACCUUCCCCAACAUGCCGUCCCAGCAGAUGACCCAGCUGCUUGAAACCCAUUGGACUACGUAUCAAUCUAUGAUCAAGAAUGAUUCCUCCCGGAACUUGGACCUUCAGCUCGGUACCUUUACCCCGCAGCCGCUGUCGGUGCGUAUUGCUCGUGCUUCUCAGAACGCAGGUGGUAAUGCUCUCGGUUUGGACCCUGCCAACGGUGAUCGUAUCUGGGUCGAGAAUGACUUGAUCUGGCUCAACCCGGCUUGCAAUGAUGCUUGUCCUGGUUACUUGCACGAGGUUGGGGAUACUGUGAAGGAGGCGUUCAAUAACACGCUGUUGGGAACUAAGCCGACGAAUUAUCAGUCGGGUGAUGUUGAUUGGAUCUCUUCGAAUCCUCUGUUCAUGAAUGAUGCCGCCAACUACCAGGAUGUGUAUGGCAGUUAUGGACCUACGAAUAAGGCGCGACUGGCAAGCAUUGCGAAGGCAUAUGAUCCAACUGGAUUCAUGUUCCGUCAGGGCGGAUGGUCAUUUUGAACUUGACGGUUCCUGGGACGGAGGAGUGCAAGGAAUAUAC